GGCUGCUCGUUGGCUCGCUAUUGAGCUGGGGCUGCCUGGGUCUCCCUCCCGACUGAGGAAGGUCGAUUGUCCGCGGUGCAAAUCGCCAAAGUGGGCAUUUCGUGUUGCAGCCGGCUUGGGUGCCCCGCCCCUCCGCAGCGCGCUACCAUGGGAGCCCGCAACAGGCGGGUUGGGCCAGGCUUGCCAGUACGCGUCCAGCGUUCCCACAGAGGCAGACCCGCGAACAGCAACCCCUGUCAUUCGCCGCCCCGACCAACUAAAACUCAAAUGUCGAAUCUCGCAUUCAUGGACGACCACUUUGCACACCAUCGGCGCCGAGACAACGCUGCAUCACCAAAUGGCAGCAACAGCCACCGGGACAACCAGCACCGCCGUCAGGACGGGAAUGACCUCGGCAUGACUACUUCACGAAGAUCCAUUUCGCCCGCCGCUGUUGCCGUGAACCGGACGUCAGACUCGAUUACCAGAGAGCGAGACCGAACCCGGAAGCAUCAUCCCUCUAGGCCUCUUCCCUUACCACAGCGUUCUCGAGGCCGGUCGAUCGAGCCAUCGCAACAAGAUACCCAACGUCGGCACCGCGAUCAGGCCCGCAGCCCCAACCGUCGCAGUGAUCGCUCGUUUGAGCCAUCCCGUCGCUCACCACGCAGUCGCCGAGACCGCUCCCCUGAACCUUCCCGCCGCCGCGAGCCUCGCGCUUCACCGGAUCGCCGUCACCCAGACCACAGGUCGCCCGGGCCGAGGAAGGAAGUCCAGGGGCGCCCAGAGGACCGCGCCCGACGCCGUGCAUCGCGGUCGCCCGUUCCAAGCAAGCGCCGACGGAGCCCUAGUCCGUCUUUCGAUCGUGCAUCGCAGCCAAAAAAGGCCCGGCAAGACAGCAUCAAUCAAACAGGCCCUGAGAGGGGCGUGCCACCGAAAAAUCAGCAGUCAAACAUCAACCGAGGCCCGUCCCCUUACCCACGUCGCGCCCGUUCCCCUGAACCUCGCGACCAGCUUCCAAGGCCCAGCAGGCGGUCUGGCCGGUCUAGGUCUCCGAGCCCUCCCCGUCGCCAUAGAUCUCGGUCGCCUCGGAGCAGCCGCCCCUUUCGACAGCAUCCCGAGGGGGAUUCUCGCAAUAGGAGUAGGUCUCCUAGGCAUCGGCACCGAUCACCUCGACCCGACCCCAGACGUCGAUCUAGAUCACGCCGCCGCAGUCCCCGCAAAACCGCCCCAGCGGAAACUCAGGCGCGGCCUUCAUCAGAUACCGGGUCACGUCGGAGAGGAAGUGUUGAUCAGGGUCAACCCCACGCUAUACGCGGACCGGCUCCGUCCAAAUCACCCCGUGACAGUCAGCACCCCAAAACAGCCAAGAGGGGAAGGGCCAGCAGCCACGAGCGGUCGCGCUCGUCCAAACACUUCGACCCCGCCUCCGGUGCCAACAGCAUCGAGGUGAAAAUGGGUGCCCGGGGUGGUUACCGUGGAGGCUUCAACCCCCAAGCCGGCUAUCCGAAGGGGCAAUAUGAUUCCAGGAGCUACGGCCAGUCAUCGGGCCAUGGAACCCCCGUUUCGUCGUUCCACGGCUCGCCGACGGGUCAGUCACCUUAUGGUGGUAACGGGCGGGGCUGGAACAACCAACCGCAGUUUUCCCCUCAAGGUGGUCAGUUUUCGCCACCAUAUCCCCACAACAGUUACGGACCUCCCACGGGCCCCCAAGGGCACUACCACUCGGGCCAGGCACAGUCUCCUCCUUACGCACCGACCGGGCCCGCCGCCCAGUACCCAUCCGGACCGUACCGCGGAAGCCACAGAGGCGGGUCAUUUCGGGGCAGUCAGUUCUCCGGUCGCGGGGGCCUCCGAGGCGGUUUCAAGAGUACACAGUGGCAUCCCCAGGGCAGCGAUUCUCGUGGUCCGCCUGACCCAACCGAGGGUUCGGAUCACUCCCAUGCCACUACGCACCGGUCCCCCAUCAGCCAUGCGGAGGCUCCGGCGGAGAAGGGUGACGCCUCAAUGGCGGACAGCGACAACCCCUUUAGACCCUCCAAAGACUUACAAGUGGAAGAUACUAGCAAGGAAGAGGAGUCGAAAGAAGACAAGAUGUCGGCUCUCGGCCGGGCCCCUCCGACCGGGCCGCAAUCCACAACACCUAAUAAGUUUAGUUUCAGCAUGAAGAACGCGGUGAAACCAGCAGUGGCCGCACCGAGACCCGAGAUAUCGUCCAAAUUCAAUGCCGCACCAGCAUCACGCGAACCCCCGACCAAGCCCGCAGCCCAAAAAGCGCCACCCACAAGACCAGAACGGGACCGGGACCGGGAUCGGGACCGAGGCGGAUUCCCCAAGAAUGCUCCGACUGAGCCAGCGUCGGCACGGUCCCGUCCCGGUGUUCCGACCGGCCCCAGCGACCGCAGGGCACCCGAGCCGCCUAGACAACCCGAUCCGGCUCCGCGGACACGGAAGGUGAAGAAGAUUGUGAGGCGUCUCAAGGAGAAGCCCACCCUUCCGGCCGACUUGGCGGCAUCCAAAUCCGUGUACUUCAGGAAACCGGGCAACGAAUCCGUCGUGGGCUCAGGCACGUACGGCAAGGUCUUCAAGGGGCUGAACGUCUACACUAAGAAGCUGGUAGCCCUCAAGAAGAUACGGAUGGAGGGCGAGAGAGACGGUUUCCCGGUGACGGCUGUUCGAGAGAUCAAGCUGCUCCGGUCGCUCGGACACAAGAAUAUCGUCCAGCUCCAAGAGGUCAUGGUCGAGGCCAACGACUGCUUCAUGGUGUUUGAGUACUUGUCGCACGAUUUGACGGGUCUCCUCAAUCACCCGACGUACACCCUGGAGCCGGGACAUAAAAAGCAUCUGGCCCGACAGCUUUUUGAAGGACUAGACUAUCUUCACACGAGGGGCGUCCUGCACCGCGACAUCAAAGCUGCCAACAUCCUCGUCAGCAACGAGGGUAUCCUCAAGCUCGCCGACUUCGGCUUGGCUCGCUUUUAUGCCAAACACCACCAGCUAGACUACACUAACCGGGUCAUCACCAUCUGGUAUCGGUCCCCAGAGCUGUUACUGGGUGAGACACAGUACGGCCCGGCGGUGGAUAUCUGGAGCGCCGCCUGCGUUCUCGUGGAGAUCUUCACCAAGCGAGCCAUCUUCCCGGGCGACGGAAGCGAGAUCAACCAACUGGAGAAAAUACACGCGGUGCUUGGGACUCCGAACAGGAAAGACUGGCCGAACUUGGUGGAGAUGCCCUGGUUCGCGCUCCUCCGGCCUAGCUACCGUAAACCGAACGUUUUUGGGGAAAAGUACAAAGACCAGCUGACCCCGGCCGCCUUUGACCUACUCACGUCCAUGUUUUCCUACGACCCGGACAAACGACCCACCGCCGCCGAGGUCCUUCAGCACCCGUACUUCGUUACGGAGGAGCCCGCCGCGCGGCAGGCGAUCGAACUCAAGGACAUCGGUGGCGAAUGGCACGAGCUCGAGUCAAAAGCGCUCCGGCGUGAGAAGGAAAAGAAGGAAAAGGAGCGCGCGCGCGCCGCACAGCAGCAGUCCGGGACGAAAGAGGAGGGCCCCGAAAGCGGCAGCACCCGCGACAGAGAGCGGAAGCGGCCAAACGAAGGCGGCGAUGCUCCGCGGGAGGCCAAGCGGCCGCAUAUCGAUGCUAAUGGGAAGGCAUAAAUGCCUGGAUAGGCAGAUCCCCACACGAAGAGAAGGAGGCGACGCGGUGGAAGGCAUGUACGACCACGGUCUUGUCACAGAUUUCGGGUCGUGGUCAUCUUAUCUCUUACAAGCAUGGGCGAUGAGCGGGGCAUAGCGACGGUUUAAACGGACCGAGUAAUCUUCGUGCCGGCUUGUCUUGCAUACUCUAGCGUACCAAGCCAGGCGCGGCUCUGAAUGAAUACUGGAGUGAUAAAUUCAAGUUAUGGUCCGAAUUAUAAGCUGCCUGUGUUAGGUGAUAGGGAUUCUAUUUAAUGCGAUCGACUGGUAACGAGGGGCUCAUAAUCAGUUGACGAUCGCAAAGACUACCUAGUGAGCCACAUCAGCAGACCCUACCUAUUGGGUCAAGCUGUAUGAUAG